CUCGGCCUGAGAUACCCUUGGAAGGGACAACGCCACCACCGCGUCAAUCAGUCCAUCCCAACAUCCUAUGGGAUCAGUACCUUGGAUUAUGUCUGGCCGCUGCAGAGGACUUGUCACUUUGUACGGGAUAGGAGCUCAUCCGGCGGUCGGUUCCAGGGGCGACAUCAGCGCCAACGUUGACCAGGACCAUUGAUGCCAGCCAAUAACCACCCCUCUCAACACAUCCAGAUCAUCGCAGCGCAUGGAUCAGUGGUCGUGUUCCCAGCUGGUUGUGCGGUGCAGCCUACCUCUCUCGUGACUACCCCGCAUUCACUGGUGACGAGAUGAAGACAUAUAAACCUUGUGCCACCCAUCAUCUCUGUCACCAUCAACGCAGCGGAGUGAACGACUACAACUACUGCAACCACUACAACUGACAGUUCCCACUCCUUUGUUAUCCUCAAAUAUAUCAAACUAUCUAUCUUUCAAGAUGUCAACUCCUAUCGUCCAGGGACUCUCGUCCGCUGGAUCUACCUUCGGAGCCUACUCCCGCCAGCAGCUGGCCACUUUGCGCAACCGCUUCCUCACCACAGAGAAACGACGAACCAGAGCCCAGCUCAUGCGGACAUCAUUUAGCGUCCACCGACCGGUCUGGAUUGCCGCAGGCGGUGCCGCCUAUACAACGAUGGGCGCUGUGUAUCUCACCCUCCGCUACAUGCGACACAUAAAGUAGACCAUUUACAAGUCACGCGACCCCAAAGAGAGGGGGGAGCACCAGAACGAGUCAUCACUUGUCUGAGACAGUGAGACUCCUGCCUAUAUUCUACCGGUCACAUUUUCCUUCACACCAAUCAUCUAUGCUUAAGGGGGGAGGGGGAGGUGAUCAGGCUUCGAGGACGGGAUCUUCCAGAUUAUAUUGACCUGACGGCGUUUCAACCCGGUUUUUCUUUCGUUUUGGGCAAGGGUAACGAGAUACGGAGUACUUCUGGUGUACUUAGCGACACUACCUUAUUAUCAUCAAAUACAUACUGGGAUUCAUAUUCAAU